AUGGCGUCGCCUUCUUCGGACCUCGAGUCCCCUCCUACUCUAUCCGCCCCACUCCUCGAGUCCCGUCCUCCGCGGAGCAAGCUAAGGCUUGUAGCACUUACGCUCACCGCCGCCUUCCUCGUUGCCCUCGCAUUGUUCCUCGCCGAUGGGUCGGCGUCACGUUUCGUUUCGGGUUUGGCCCGAAAGCUGCGCUCGGACCCGAUAAAGGAGCACGACUAUCCAUGGACCAACGAAAUGCUGACGUGGCAGAGGUCUGGGUUCCACUUUCAACCCGCGAAGAACUUCCAGAGCGAUCCAAAUGCUGCGAUGUACUACAAAGGCUGGUACCACUUCUUCUACCAGUACAACCCGACAGGCACGGCGUGGGACUACACCAUCUCGUGGGGCCACGCGGUGUCACGUGACCUGAUCCACUGGCUCCACCUCCCCAUGGCCAUGGUCCCCGACCACUGGUACGACGCCAAGGGCGUGUGGUCCGGCUACUCCACGCUGCUCCCGGACGGGCGCGUCAUAGUGCUCCCGCUGCUGCUCAAGUGGAAGAAGUCCAGCGUCAAUCCGAUCCUGGUCCCCCCGCCCGGGAUCGGUACCAGCGACUUCAGAGACCCCUUUCCUAUCUGGUACAACGAAACGGACUCAAACUGGCACGUUCUGAUCGGCUCCAAGGACUCAAACCACCACGGGAUCGUACUCCUCUACAAGACCAAGGACUUCUUCAACUUCACCCUCCUCCCCAGCCUCCUCCACACCUCCACCCAGUCCGUCGGCAUGUUCGAAUGCGUCGACCUCUACCCCGUCGCCACCGGCGGCCCGUUAUCCAACCGGGGCCUCGAAAUGUCCGUCGACCUCUCCAACGGCGGGAUUAAGCACGUGCUUAAGGCCAGCAUGGAUGAAGAAAGGCACGAUUACUAUGCCAUCGGGACUUUCGAUCUGGACUCGUUUAAGUGGACUCCCGACGACCCGUCGAUUGACGUCGGCGUCGGGUUGAGGUACGACUGGGGGAAGUUUUACGCGUCGAAGACGUUCUUCGACACGGAGAAGCAGAGGAGGAUUCUGUGGGGGUAUGUUGGGGAGGUCGACAGUAAGGAUGACGAUAAAAUGAAAGGAUGGGCUACGCUGCAGAAUAUACCGAGGACGAUAUUGCUCGACACAAAAACGCAAAGUAAUUUGAUCAUAUGGCCGGUUGAGGAGGUGGAGGAUCUUAGAACGGACGGUAAUAUCUUCAAUGAUAUUAAAAUUGGGGCCGGUUCCUCUGUUCAGCUUGAUAUUGGCGCCGCCUCGCAGUUGGACAUAGAAGCCGAGUUUGAGCUCGAUAAUUCGGCGCUCGACGGUGCGAUCGAGGCAGACGUCACCUACAACUGCAGCACAAGCGGCGGCGCUGCCAACCGCGGCCUCCUCGGACCCUUCGGCCUCCUCGUGCUCGCUAACCAGGAUCUGACCGAGCAAACCGCGACCUACUUCUAUGUUAGCCGAGGAACUGACGGCGACCUCCGCACUCACUUUUGCCAAGAUGAGUUGAGAUCGUCGAAGGCUGGGGACAUCGUCAAGAGAGUUGUAGGGAGCGUGGUUCCCGUGCUCCAUGGUGAAACUUGGUCGCUAAGAAUAUUGGUGGACCACUCCAUUAUUGAGAGCUUUGCUCAAAGAGGGAGAGCGGUAGCGACGUCGCGGGUGUAUCCAACGGAGGCGAUAUACAAUAAGGCACGGCUCUUCCUCUUCAACAACGCGACGGAUGCGAAGGUGACAGCCAAAAGUGUGAAGAUUUGGCACAUGAAUUCGACUCAUAACCACCCCUUCCCUGGCCUGGAGAGUCUUUUCGAAUCGUAGAUUAUGUACUCCAUGCAUGUUUGGGUUUUUUUUUUUUUCUUCUUCUUCUUCUUCCAGUGCUGGGUCCCUAGUUGUUAUGAUGUAUGGUUGAUUAGAUUGGUUCAAUUUGCCGAUAUAUAGUCUAUUGAUAUUAUCUAAGGGAGGGUGAUUGUGUGAUGUAAACGUGGGCUUGGUCCCUCUUGUAUUUAUUUGGUGAUCAUUUUAAUGGAAGGGAUACAUCCGCGAUCAAUGCAUUUUUACUA